GCUCCCAUGCAUCACGAAGUGACUCGUCUGGCUCCUGGCGAAACUGAGUGAUCUCUCGCUGAAUCUCUGUAGUCUUCGAUGCCGGAUAAUACCUGUGCACGAACUUGUUGGCCAGAUCGUCCCAAGAAGUCAUGGACAAUGGGGGCUGGGUCUCCAACCACCUCUUAGCAUUCCCUGCCAGAGAAUGGGGAAAGAGGUGAAGGCGGAUUGCGUCAUCAGGGACACCGUUCGUCAGCUGCAGAAAACGGGAAAGAUGCACCCUUGCCUCCUCAUCCUUCAAGCCAUGAAACUGGAUAGAGGAUGUAAUGAGUUGAAUCCAGCAUGGCUUGAUCUCGAAGUUGUUCGUUGGAAUGGGUGGCUAGAGGAUGACAGGGCUGAUAUCAACAAUCCGUGGAGUGUAGUAGUACUCCAAGGUGGGACCCAGCAGCGGUGGUUGAUGAUGAACCCCAUCGGCCUGGGGUAUUGGAUUGUUCCCCAGGAUCUGGUUCACUGGGGGAACCUAGAGAGGUAUCCCCUGUGGCGGGUUAUGGUCUCCUUCCAUCUCGUACUCUUCCUCAGAAUCGCUGCUCAAGUGGCCGUCUAUGCGCUCCUCCGUAGCCAGUCUAGCUCGCUAUUGUCUCCUAAGUUGGCGACAGGUGCGUUCAAGCUCUGGAUCCAACGACAGUAAACCUCCCGACUGGCUACGGGUCAUGCACUACAUGCACACAGUCAAACAGCAAACCCGUGAAGGCAUAAGUGUGACAAAGCAAACAAUGCUAAAACGAAAAAGCAAAAUUAACAGAAUUCACGUUUCUUCAACAACCUAGCCGUCCCCAGCAACGGCGCCAAAAACUUGACUCGCUCCUACUGUCACUCUAGAAAAUGGCCAAGUGUAACCACCUCCUAAAGUGUAGUAUAACGGUUUUGUGUUUUAAUGUCAACCCGGGUCCUAGAUGUGAUGACUACUCCAUGAGUUCUUAUUAGUUAGCAGUGGAACUUUAGUGAAGGUCCAAACAAGCAAGCAAUUAAACGGUUGUUUUCAA